AUGUCACCACUAAAGAAGACCAUUCCAGAAUUUUUAACUUACUUAAAAUCGCUACCGAUUUCAAAAACCGCAAGCGGCGACAUUUUGACAAUAUGUGUUGGUAAUGAAUCAGCAGAUCUAGACUCAAUUGCUAGUGCGAUAACUUAUUCAUACUGCCAAUACAUUUACAACCAAAACUGCAAUUCUGAAGAAAAAUGCGGUUUGACUAUACCAAUCAUCGACAUUCCUAGGGAAGAUCUUAGCCUAAGAAGAGACGUGAUGUACGUCUUAGAGAAGUUGAGUAUUAAGGAGGAGGAAUUAUUUUUCAUUGAAGACCUAGUGAGCUUAAAGAAGCAAGCCCCUAACGGCACUAAAUUGAACUCAUACCUAGUAGACAACAACGAUGCUCCAAAGAAUUUGAAGAAUUACAUAGACAAUGUGGUCGGAAUCAUAGAUCACCAUUUCGAUUUACAAAAGCACUUGGAUGCCGAGCCUCGAGUUGUCAAUGUUUCCGGAAGUUGCUCCUCGUUAGUCUUCAACUACUGGUACGAGAAGUUGCAAGGUGACCAUGAAGUGGUGAUGAAUAUUGCUCCCUUUUUGAUGGGCGCCAUCCUGAUAGAUACCUCAAACAUGCAACGCAAAGUCGAACCAAGUGACAAGCUAGCGGUCAAAAGAUGUCAAGAGGCCAUCAAUCGUGCGGCCGAUGAAGUGUCGGCCCAAGGCUUGCAAGACACCAGCGUGUUUUACAAAGAAAUGAAAUCGAGAAAGAACGAUAUUAGAGGGUUUUCAGUUAGCGAUAUCUUGAAGAAAGAUUACAAGCAGUUCAGUUUUCAAGGAAAAGGCCGCGAAGGCUUGGAAAUUGGUCUUUCAUCCAUUGUGAAGAGAAUGUCAUGGCUGUUCGGCGAACAUGACGGGGAAACAGAAUUUGUCAAGCAAUGCAAGAGGUUCCAGAACGAAAGGGGUCUCGAUGUGUUGGUGUUAUUGACAUCAUGGAGGAAAGCCGGCGUUUCACACAGAGAACUAGUCAUCAUGGGUGAUCCCAAGAUGGUACGUGCGCUCGUUGAAAAAGUCAGUGAUAAACUUGCUUUGCAACAGUUCGGGGGCGAUUUUGACCAAGGCGUGGCGAUGUUCAGGCAAUUGAACGUCGAAGCCACCAGGAAGCAGGUCGUUCCCUAUCUCGAAGAAGCGUACUCUGAAGUAAACUGA